AUGCGCCAAGUCCUGACCUCCCCCGAGGGCGGAUACUACACGACUCGCGAGGCCGUGUUCGGGAAAGGCGGUGACUUCGUCACGUCGCCGGAAAUAUCGCAGGUGUUUGGUGAGUUGAUUGGCAUAUGGACGGUUGCGGAGUGGAUGGCGCAAGGGAGGAGGCCGGAUGGUGUGCAAUUGGUGGAGAUUGGGCCUGGGAAAGGGACGUUGAUGGAUGAUAUGUUAAGGACAUUUCGCAACUUUAAGAGCUUUGCGUCUACCGUCGAGGCUAUUUAUCUCGUCGAGGCGAGUGCUACCCUCAGGGAGAUGCAGAAAAGGCUUCUUUGUGGAGAUGAGGCUGUCAUGGAGGAGACGGAUAUCGGGCAUCGCAGCAUGUGCAAGUACUUCCAUGUACCAGUGAUCUGGGUAGAGGAUAUUCGGCUGCUGCCACACGAAGAGGGAAAGUCACCAUUCAUCUUCGCCCAUGAGUUCUUCGACGCCCUCCCCAUCCACGCCUUCGAGAGUGUUCCCCCUGCACCAGAAAACGCACAACAACCGGACCAACCUCGCGAGAUCAUGACUCCCACAGGCCCAGCAAAGCUGCACAGCCCGCCCAAGCACGCUAACAUGCCCCAAUGGCGGGAGCUGAUGGUCACCCUGAACCCGAAAGCCAUCGAGGAGAACAUUGAAGGCGAGCCGGAGUUCCAAUUAACGAAAGCAAAGGCCUCCACGCCGUCCUCGCUAGUUAUCCCCGAGAUCUCGGCGCGCUACCGGGCCCUUAAGGCGCACGCAGGCUCGACCAUUGAAGUCAGCCCGGAGAGCCGCAUCUACGCCGCGGACUUUGCACGACGGAUUGGUGGCGGCACUGCUGCUGCUCCUCCUUUGCGGUCAACACAACCACCACCAUCGACACCAGCAGGAACACCCAAAAAGACCCCUGCUGGCGCAGCCCUGAUAAUGGACUACGGGACCCAAAAUACCAUCCCGAUCAACUCCCUACGCGGAAUCCAGAACCACGCCAAAGUUCCCCCGCUCUCGUCUCCGGGACAGGUAGAUGUGAGCGCGGAUGUGGAUUUCGUGUCGCUCGCCGAAGCGGCCAUUGAGGCCAGUGAUGGGGUUGAGGUGCAUGGGCCGGUUGAGCAGGGCGACUUCCUCACGGCUAUGGGGAUUACCGAGCGGAUGCAACAGUUGCUGCGUGGUGUUGGUGGGGAUGAAGAGCACAGGAAGAAUUUGGAGACUGGGUGGAAGAGGCUGGUUGAGAAGGGGGGUGGGUCCAUGGGGCAGAUCUAUAAGGUUAUGGCCAUUGUGCCGGAGAAUGGGGGGCGGAGGAGGCCUGUUGGGUUUGGCGGCGGUGUUGAGUGA